AUGCCUGGAGAAGUUGUUCAAGUGAACAACAAAGGGCUAAUAGUUCGUUCUCCGGAUCCCAGCAACUACGGCGCCGUCGCGGUAAGUUCUCAUACCUUACUUUUAGUAUGAAUUGAUUUUUUUAUAUUUCCUUAAUACAGACUUUUUUUUCAUAAAAAGAGCUUGAUCAAGCGGAUAAUUUUUUUAUUUUUUUCUGAGAAAAACAGUUAGCAGUCUUUUUACAGAUGGAUUCCAACAUCAACAACGACAUUCAAAACAGUUCCAAUGCUCCUCGGGAAGUCGUGGCUCAACAAUCUGAAGCUAACUACCGAGGACCGGGGGUAAACUUUUUUUAAUUUUCAUUCUUUCAAGUAUUUCCUAGUUUUCUUUUGAUAUUCGUUUAUCAACAUAGAAACUUUGAAUUCCAAUUUUUUUUUUCCUAAAUAAAAAGAUUUUUGGCUCUCUUUCAAUACCUUGAGUCAAAGUUUUUCUGUUUCGCUCAUGAAGUUAAAAAAAUUAGAUAUUACUAGAAAGUAUCAUAUAAUUAAAAAAAUGUUUUUUUAUCAUAAUAAUAACAAACAUAAACAAGCAAGAACUUAGCACUACGAAGUCAAGCAGGUAAACUCAGACGUUUUUAAGAGGUCGGACAUUUUGUGAAGAACACAUUUCUAAACUACAUACCUUUUUUUAUCGAUUCCUAGUUUGGUUUAAGGAUAAAAAAACCACGGGGCUAAACGUAAAAUUUUUACCAACUGUUUUCAAUCUUUACAAUUUCAUUUGCAAAGCAUAUCAAAGAAAAAUAACGGAAGUACUUUUUAAGAUAUUUUUUUCUCAUUUUUUUAAUAGCUUGUGGUACUAAAAAAAUUUUUGAACUUUUUGUACAUGGAUUUGGUAACCGCAGAGUUUGGAGUUUUAUAUUCUCAAGAUUCAUUUAAGUACAAGUUCAAUAACCAUCACCAAUUCUGAGUAGCUGUUGAAAGUUAUUCCCGAAUAGCGGAAAUAUGUCGAAGGUAGCCACUAAGUAAUAAAUUUUAAUGGAGAACUUGAAUGAUUUUUGUACAAAUUUUAGAGCAAAUAAUCUGCCUAACGAAUUUUCGAAAGUUGAAUCAUUAAAAAAUCGUUUCAGGUGGCAGCUCACUACGGAGCAACUGCCGAUACGCACGCUCCUUCCGGUGAUUCUUUGAUUGAAUUUUUUUUUCAACGAUCGAAUUAUUCAGAAGAGAGCCAAAUAGAAGAAAUGGAACUGAAAUACGGCGCUAGUCACGUUAUCAAUCUGUUCGUGCCAGUUUCUCUGUGCAUGGCUCUUGUCGUGUUCACGAUGAAUACGGUUACUUUCUACAAUCAGAACGAUGGCCGUCACUUGUAAGUACACCAAUGAGAAAAUGAAUAGAUAAAGGAGAAAUUCAGGUUGUACACGCCAUUCGUAAAAGAUACAGACAACGCGGGCGAAAAGGUUCUCAUGUCCCUUGGAAACGCUUUGGUUAUGCUGUGCGUCGUUGUUUUCAUGACAGUCAUCCUCAUCAUUUUCUACAAAUACAGAUGCUAUAAGGUUUAUUAUUUUUUUUUAUGAAAGUAGGGCUAUUUUUCAAGUAAUGAGUUUUAAUUUUUUCGAAAAAUCAGUUUUACGAUAAAACGUAAUUUUUUUCAAGUAUCAAGUUAUUCUUGGAAAUCAAAAAACUUUUACAGCUCAUUCACGGGUGGCUGAUUGUGAGCAGCUUCUUGCUCCUCUUCCUCUUCACUGCCAUUUACUUACAGUAAGCUCACACUUAUCUUCUUAUUUUUCUAAUCCAAUAAAUGUUCAGAGAAGUGAUGAAAAGCUUCAACGUGUCGAUUUCGGUCAUAACUGUUGUUUUCUUUCUGCUCAACUACGGCGCACUUGGCAUGAUUUGCAUUCAUUGGAAGGGCCCUCUCAGACUUCAGCAGGUUUUUUCUAUCAAUUCAAAACUCAAUUAAUCUUUCCCACUUUCAGUUUUACCUCAUCACAAUGUCCGCUCUAAUGGCCUUGGUGUUCAUCAAAUAUCUCCCCGAAUGGACGGUUUGGUCGGUUUUGGCUGUGAUUUCGAUCUGGGACCUUGUAGCUGUUCUUGCACCCAAGGUAAAGCUGAAAAAAAAAAACAAAUGUAAUAUAUACUUUCCAGGGACCCCUUCGGAUUCUAGUUGAAACAGCUCAAGAGCGUAACGAACCAAUCUUCCCGGCACUGAUUUACUCUUGUGAGUUUUUUAUUUUUUAUUGUCGUAAGAAAGAUUUAGAAAUGAAAAAAACAUAUGCUUUAUUGCCUUUUUCCAAGAAAAAAAAACCUUUGAUUAAAUGAAAAAUUAAUGUGAUAAGAUUACUUCAAAUUAACAAGAAGUUGAAGUUGAAAGUUCUUUUUUAGCUGGAGUUCUUUACGCCUACACAUUGUUGAUCCCGUUAAUUGGAACCAUCGAAGCUCCCGAAGCUUCUGAACCUCCGACACCGCUUGCUGAUACAGGUACACACUUUUCUAUUUAAAAACAUGGACAUUGGUUUAUAUCUUAUACUGAAACUAGAAUUGUACUAGAGAAAAAAGCGGCCAAAAAGUGAAGAUUCCGCGUUCAAGAAAAACUUUGAAACACUUUUCUCAACAUUUAAGCUGGUUUCAUGGGAAGUUUUGAAGGACUUGAACCUUCACAAUUAGUCGCAAACAAGGUUCCAAAAAAAAUUUCCAAAGUAAUUUUCAGAAGCCCCUGGCCCGUCCUCGACUCCUACUGCAGGAUCACCACCAACUGCUCGCAAACGAAACAAAGUCAAGAGAAUCCCUCAAAAAGUAACGCUCACAAGCAAUCAGCAGGAAAUCGUGAGGUUUGUUUAUAGCAUAUGAAACUUGAACUGAGAAAACUUCUUCAGGAACAGGUCGCCAGAAGUGAUUGUAAGACAGCGAACCGUCGCUCCAAACGCUCGGAACCAACCUCAGGCACGCUUGGUUCAUGAAGAAAGUGAGUAAUUUCUGUAAAUGAAUGUCAAUUUUUCCGGGGUUUCAGAAGGCGUAAAGCUUGGUCUUGGCGACUUCAUCUUCUACUCAGUGCUCUUGGGCAAGGCCUCUUCUUACUUCGAUUGGAACACGACUGUCGCCUGCUACGUCGCCAUUCUCAUCGGCCUCUGUUUCACUUUGCUGCUUCUCGCUGUCUUCAAAAGAGCUCUACCGGCCUUGCCUAUUUCCAUUUUCGCCGGCUUGGUUUUCUACUUCUGUACUCGCUGGAUCAUCACCCCUUUUAUGAGCGAAAUUACCAGAAGACAAUGGAUGUUCUGAAUUUUUUAGCUUUUCUUUUAUUUUCCAUAUCGUUUUGCUUCACUUUUCCCUUAUUUCCCACUUGUGCAAAGUCUGCUCAUUUAUCUGUCUGAGCGUUUUUGAUCUCAAUUUUUGAACUUUGAUUCAAACUGGGUACUUCCCUCUUGUCAUAUGUUUUGAUCUUGCCGCAAUGGCUUUUUUCUUUCUUUAAGUCUGUGCCAAGUAUGAAUAUCAAAGCUUUUGCGAAGGGUGUUUAUAAUAAGUUUUUUUGUUUUGACAAGUUUCUACCUGUGCUUCAGUCAAAAGUUUCCCAUCGUUGUUCCUUUAUUAAAUUUCUGUGCGUUAUUUUAAUAAAUUUUCUUGAUAGGGAAGUGUUGAGAAAAUGUUUGUAAACAAAAAAAAAGCGGUAUCAACCGUCAAAUGAAUGAUUACUUGGUUGCGUUUUCAAAGCUACUAACAAAUUAAAAACAUUUCUGGUAAAGUGAAAUGACGAGUUCAAAGAACAAAAAUAAUACCGAUAAGAACGAUCGCUAUCUUGUAGUCUACUCCUCUGUUCUUCAGAACCAAUAAAAAAUUGUUGUUUCAAGGAGAAUGCGUUUAUUUGGAACAUUACUUCAAAGACUUUCUCGCCAGGCGAUGCCACUCCAAGAAAAAAUCCUACGCCUCGAAUCAGUAGAACUUUUGGCACGUUACGAGGUUCGGCUUUAGUAUUUCAUUUGAUUUUUUUGAAACGAUUUUGAGACUUAUAACCCAGACAGAAGUUUUUCGAUAUCGAAAAAAAGCUGGCGUCCAGCAAAAACAAUGAACGUUACACAUUUGUUUAAACUAGCCUGCUAUCACUGGCGGCACGUCUUAUCGCCAAUAUCAAUGUCAGGACACACAACCUGAAGGAUCCUCGUUAGGCACAGCGGUCGCACUUCAUGGCGCCCCAGGCUCUCACAAAGACUUCAAGUACAUCAGAAGCUUUCUCGAAGAGAGCGGAAUCCGCUUCAUUGGCGUCAAUUUUCCUGGAUUCGGCGAGACACCCAGUAAGUCUUGAGAAAUAUUUUGAUAAAAACUUUCCAUCUUUCCAGAGCUACAAGAAGAAAAAUGCUCAAAUGAAGAACGGCAGAAGUUUGUGAACGCUUUGAUGGAUGAUCUAAAAAUUAAUGGAAAGGUUUUAUAAAAUUAAAAUUGUAACCAAAGAAAAUCCCAAAAUCGUUUUGGUCGUUUUCAUUGGCCAUAGUCGUGGAUGCGAAAAUGCUUUGAUGUCAGCAGUAGAGAGAAAUGUAAGUUUUUUUAUUUUCUUACAUCAAAGCUCCAAUUUUUUUCUAUUAGAGCGAUGGAGUUAUUCUGAUCGCUCCCAUUGGACUCCGACUUCACAAAGGAAUGAAACCCCAAUUUAUCAUCAAAGGAUUACUUUUCACUCAUUCGAUAUUGCCGAAAUGGCUUGGUGACUGGUUUUUUCUCCAAUGUGAGAGUUUAUCUAGAAAAAUCAUUAAUUAGACGAAUUUACAGUUUACAAAGCACUGAGCUUCAAAAUCAGUUCUGGGGAAAUUGCUCAUCGGUCACUGACCACAAUGGACAGUGCCGCGAUUGAGAAGCAGUUGCCGUACAUUGAAAAACUAUCAAAUAUAAAGGUCAGUCUGGUAUUUCUACAGGGAAACUUUUAUUGUCCCUUGCAGAGUCAAGUUUUGAUCACUUACGCUGGGAAGGAUCAUUUGGUCGAGAAGGAAGUUAUAGACGAGUGCAUUCCUGCCUACAGAGGAGUGCAGCAUGUAUGAAUUCAGAUGACGAGCUGACGGAAAUUUUUAUUUUUAGCGUGUCGUGAAAAAUGAAGAUGAUCCAUCUGAGCUCGAUGAAGUCUUGAAAGGUCUUGCCGAGGGUUCCAAGGUCUGAUCUUUCACAUUUUGAUAAAAUUGUUUUUUUUUCAGGGAUAUGCUUUGUAUUUCGCAAACGACAACCAUUUUCAAAAACAAGUCACGGGCAGAUCUCGUUGCAAAAAUCCGUCUUGUCAAUUAUUUCCUAUAAUCGUCCCCAAAAAAGCAAACUUUAAUUACUUUUUCGAUUCGUGAUAUAAAUUUGUAAAUUUAUUGAUUUUUUUGCGAAAAUUGGAAGUCCAUUCAUAUAUAUGGCAGAUUUUUACUUGUGAAAGUGUGAAAAUUGACAGGAAAUGAAUGCCUUUUGUGGUUCAAUGAAAAACCGUUUCUUUUCAUCAAUAGUGAGUUUUUUUGCGAAUAUAUUUGAUUGCAAGUAUUUUUCAGAGACUGAUGGUUCGUCAUAAUGGAAGUGCCGGUGGAAACCAGGAAGGUCUCAGUUCAAUUUCUGUUUCUUAUCGAGUUGGACCCCAAUUAAGCAAGGAAGUAGAAACAGACUGUGUUUACUUGGUAAGUCAAUUGAUUAGAAUUUCCUAUUUUUUUGCACAGAAAUUCCUAAAAAAAUUAUUGAAAUUUCCUUUCGAAUUUCAUUUUUUUAUAAGGUUGUUUACUGUUCCUUCAAAAAUUUUACCCUAAUGUUUUUUUAUGGGGUUUUUUUACUAUCAAAUUCGCUGGCUACUAUAUGCAUUUUCUAAAUCAUACCAGUUCUUUUAUCGUUUAUUUUCCUUAUUGAAAAUGGUUUGAACUAAAGCCUUCAAAUGUGCUCUUUCUGAAAAAAAAAAUGUCAGAACUUUGUGCUAUUCCGACCCAAAAAAAACAUCAUUGUAAGCUGAAUUCUUUUAGAAGACAUUCAAAAUGGUAGUCAAAUGAUGGAAAGCAAGAUUAGAGCAUUCAUCAAACUUUUGGCAAAAUUUUCUGAAUUUUCAAGAGCAGGCAAGCAAACUUCGUUUAAAACAUAAUUACGCCAAAAAAAAAAUAGAUGAAGUUACUAUAACCGCAAAAAUUUACAGGACACACAUGCCGGGUCGACUACUGAACCUGUGGGAACCGUGGUGGCUAUGCAUGGAAGUCCAGGUUCUCACAAGGACUUCAAAUACAUGAAGCCUCUUUUCGAAAAAAACAAUGUUAGGUUGAUAGCACUCAACUUUCCUGCGUAUGGUUAUGUGGAAGGUCUCCAUUGUUGCGCGGGCGUUUUGAUACACAAUUAUUUUUUUAGGUGAUAUUCAAAAUUCAAACACUAACUUUGAGAGGAAUGAAUACAUAUCGGCUUGUUUGAAAGCUUUGAAACUGAAAAGUUCUAAGAAUUUGAUUCUUCUUGGACAUUCAAGAGCAGGUUCAUUUUGAAAGUUAAUUUCUUUUGAAUAACUCCGUUUUUAGGUGAUAACGCGCUUCAGCUGGCUGAUGAACUAACCGUAAAAAAAAGCGAAGUUAAAAUAAAACAUGACAAAUUUCAGAAUGAAGGUUGGCCAAUUACGGCUGCACUUCUGGUGAACAGCACUGGACUAGAAGCUCACAGAGGAAUCAGCAAGAGGUCAGUAAGAUUUUCUUAUGGUACUAGAGCAAAGUGUGAGAACUGUAAUAACAUUUGUGAGCCAAUAAUUUUCAGAUUUGGCGUCAUCAAGUUUUUCACUUGGUUAGUUCUCCUGCAGAAAAAGUGGAUCGAUUUUUGGAUUCAUCCGCUUUUAGAAUUUUGUGAGCGUUUUAAAAAAUUUAUGAAGAAGACGAAAAAGUAUUCAGACUACAACAACGUUGUCAAAUUACGAGUUCCUUCAGCCAAGGUGGCUGCCGCUUCUUUACCGCCGCUUUUGACGUUUGCGUUUGAAAAACAAAGAAAAACGGUCGAUUCCGUUCGAAAAAAACCCCAGGUUCAAAGUUUAGCCUCGGGAAACAACUGAAAAUAAAUCAGUUCAGAUUCAAGUUCUGUACGCGUUCAGUGGAAACGAUUUUCUAAUAGAAGAGAGGAUCUCCAGAGAUUUCGCCAAGGCUUUUGGAGAUAUGACCGUUUAUGUGAGUGAAAAAUCUUUUUUCCUGAGAUACAUCGAUUUCGUGCAGACAACUACGAACGAUAAAGAAGAAGUGGAAAAAACUACAAGAACGGUGGAAAAAGAGUUCUCUCAAGGCUGCAAACAUGUCGGUGUCUGCUUCAAAAACGAAGGUCAUUUUCUACAGAAACACCAUGCCGAUUUUCUCGUCCGAGCAAUUUUGUCCUUGAUUUCGUUUUCUUCUAGUCAUCGAUGA